CCGGCAGGCAGGGGCGGCGCUGCCCGGGAUGUCCGCCCGGGAAGGGCUGUCUCCCCGCCUCGGGAGAAGCCGCACGCUGGCGGCAGGAGGCGGGGCCGGCCUCAGCCCACCCCGCUCGGCCCAGGCGGAAGGAGCGGCCCCGCCGCACCCGCCUCCUCCUCCCACCGCCGCCCUGCGCGGCCUCGCCGGCUGCUUCCGCCCGGCUUUGGCAGACUCCGCUGGCCCCGGCUGCCGCCUCUCCGCCGCUAUGCUGGGUGUCGGGGAGCCCGCCAAGGGGGAAGCAAACAUGAGGUCGGCGUCAGAAGAGCCAGUCCCAUUACAUGAAGAAUUUAUCUAUUGUUGUGGAGCUGCUACCCAUGUCUUAAAGUGUGGGCCCUGGAAAGACCUCUCAAAAGAUGAAAGUAAAAAUCUGCCCAGGCUCUUAUUCAUGAUUAUUCCUGGUAACCCUGGACUGGCAGGUUAUUACAGGACCUUUAUCCAGGCCUUAUAUUGUGGGCUGAAUCAGCAGUAUCCCGUGUGGGUUGUGAGCCAUGCCGGACAUUGUAAGCCUCCCAGUGGGAUGGAAAUGAUAGAAGACACAGAUAUCAAAGAGCUAGAGGAUGUUUUUGGACUUAACGGACAAGUAGAGCAUAAGCUGAACUUCCUCAAAAAGAAUGUAUCAAAAGAUAUAAAGCUGGUACUGAUUGCUCAUUCUAUUGGUUGCUACAUCACACUGGAGAUGAUGAAGCGAGCAUCAGAACUUCAGGUUCUUCGCUCUGUGCUGCUCUUUCCGACGAUCGAGCGGAUGGCUCAGUCCCCUCAAGGAAAGCUCAUGACCCCUUUGCUCUGCAAACUUCGUUACGUGCUGUACAUGCCCGUCUACCUGCUGUCCUUUCUGCCAGAGGGAGUCAAAGCCUCCCUGGUGCGGUUUGCUCUGCGAGGAAUGAAGACCUGUGAUGAAUCUUCCAUAACAACCUCUGUGAAUCUCUUCAGCCUGGACUGCAUUGCAAACAUCUUGUAUAUGGCAAGCCAAGAAAUGAUGAAGGUUGUGGAAAGAGACAGUACAACCAUAAAGCAAAAUUUAAAGAAGCUGAUUUUUUACUAUGGAACUGGAGACAAAUGGUGUCCACAGCACUACUAUGACGAGAUCAAAAUGGAUUUUCCGGACGGGGACAUUCGGCUUUGUGAGAAGGGGCUCCGCCACGCCUUCGUGCUGGAUGCCAGCAAGGAGAUGGCUGCCAUGAUUACAGACUGGUUACGGGAUGAUCUGACCAAAUUAUAAACAUGGAUUUAGUGAUUAACAAGAAAACGAUGUAAUUAUUUUGUGAACGUGUAAUUUUUUGUGAGAGAGUCUGUCCUAUUUUUUUUUCUGUUUAUUAUAGAUUAUGGCUUGUUUUCUAUUGAGAUGUUUUAAAGAAAGUUAAAGAGAGACUGGCUGGUCCAAAGUAUAGUUUUAUUGAUUCAGUGGUGAUGUACCUUCAACUUGUGUCUUCAGGACUCUGCAGGACUUGGAAAAGGGUGGAAUAUUAUUGCCUGCCAGCACUCUAUACAACACUGGUACUAGAUUCACUGGCUACAAGUGGAUGUGAGUUACUACAGCCUCACUCACCUGCUGGAGAACUGUCAGGGGUGGAUUUGGGGCAGCCCAGCUGGGCUGCUGUAGUAAGAAAUACCCUGCUGCUCCGUAUAGAUAAAAAUCCCCUUGUGGAUGGAUCCUGGUGAUGGAUCCUGGUGUGCUGUGAAAGACCUGGCCCUCUCUACAUGUCUCAUCUUCCAUGUAACCCUGGUACAUGACAGCCAGAACAACCCAAGGCCCCAGGACAAGCCUAGUGGUGUCUCCUCCAGGUCAGAUGGGGCUGGUGGUCAAUCGGAGGUCAGGCUGAGUUCUGGAUGAGUACAAGGGAGAUGUGCAGAGCAGGUGUGCAGUUUCUCCAAAUCUCAGAAGGGGUUUAAGGUGCUGCCAGGACUCCACAGGGUAUUAAAAAUACCGUGAGGUAACUGUGGCUGCUCAGCGAGGGAAUACCCAUGGAGCUCUUGUCUGGAACGUGGCCAAGUAUUUCAUUUCUUGACUGACUGUAGAGAAGGUAAAAGACACUAGUGAAAAGUGCCAGUAUUAAAAGGUUAAAACAGAUUGCAGAAUUCAUAUAUAACUACUUACAGGUGUCCUAACUGUCCUAAUGAAGUCCAUGGGAACAGUACUUGCUCAGCAACUUAAAAGAAUUAAACCAGUUUUGAUGCAUGCCUAAAUUUCAGUUCCGAAGGCUGAAGUAUGACAUUGUAUCCCAAGCCACAAAUUAGCCAAGUCCACUGUGAGAAAAUGGCUAUUACUCUGCCAUAGCUGCUCCCAUGAAAUGGCAUGAAGUGUUACUAUAGAGAACCAGAUCCUUGCUAAAGCACAUUGCUGACAAGUACACUGUUCCUCACAUUUGUUCAUCCCACUCCUAUAUAGAUAUAAAAAAAAAUAGAAAUAAAAAUAUCCUGCCAGUUUUGUUAACAGAAGACAUUACAAAUGAUAGUUAGAAAUGAAAAUAAUGAAGUGGAACAGAGCCAAGUGUAAUCAGGAAAAGCUUUCUAGCCAUGAACCUGUGAAGUAUUCUCCCUAUGGAGUUCAUAGAGACAUUUCUAAAUAAAUGAAACACUACAGAAGGGGGAAGUUCUGUCCUUGCAAACAGAUGAUUUUAGAUGAUGCAUUGGGUAUCUGACUUAUAUGAUUUAUUAACAGUUUUUAAAGGGUACUAGAGAGAAUGGUACUGGAGAACGUUCUCUGAGAUGCAGAAAGACCAAUUAAUUCCUUUCCCUGCACGAUCAUGUACACACCUUCCACUUCUCCCUAAAUCCCCCUUAAAUCUUUCACUGAUAUUUAGACCAAUUUGUAAUAGAGUUAAAUUUCUGGAUAUUUUGGACUAGUCUGCAAACCUCUAGCCAGACAGUGGACUUAAGUGACCUUCUUCGCACCAGAAACUGGUUUAGUUUUUGAGACUAGCCAGUGGAUUUUCAGAUUACACUGCCACAUAAUGAAGCAGAUACUGAACCUUGAGGCAGGAGCGUUGAGACCACGGGUGCAGCAGCGUGGGGAAGAGCCAGAUGCGUUCAGCAUGAAGGGAUUGAGACUGCGCAACUGAUUCUGUUUAUCAGAGAGUCGUGGGACUUUCCUUCUGAUCAAAACAAUUCUUGUGCUCACAUUGGAAAUCCAUAGUUGUGUGUCUGUGUGUGUUUAAAUAGCCCCCAGAGGUUGGCAUUCCUUUUGGAUGGCCUUAGGGCAGAUGCUAAAUGCAUCUGUUGGCCAAGGUGCUCCCUGUGAACAGAGUGUGGGGGGGGUGGUGUUCACAUACGUGGAGAUACAUAUACAUACACAUAUAAAUGUAUACAUAUGCACAUGUUUGUAUGUUAGCAACAUCAAAAAUACAGUUCACUUGGUUGUUUUGGUUUACACGUUGAUCUGGUUGAACAAAACAAUUGUUCUUCAAAGUACAUGGAAUGAAGGACUCAGUUUGUGAAGGCUCCGCUGUUGUAGUGGAUCUCCUGAGGACAGAAAAAAUCUUGCAUUAACCAAAGAUGACAAGCAACUAUUAAAGCCUGGAAACUGAAGCACUUACGAGAAGCAGUUGUUUACAGUACAUUAUUCAUAUACUUUGUAUGAGGAAUUAAUUUAGCAAUACUUGUACUUGACUUGUGUAUUCCUUUUAUACAAAUGUUAAUCCGUUAUAAUCAAUCCUACUGACUGCAUUGAGACCUAAACUGAGAUUAGGUCUGGUCAGUGAUGACCAGAUCUACUGCAGAAUAAUGCCUUACGUUUUUCUUAAAAGAAUUUUCUCUAAGAUUAUCAAAACCAUAGUGAUUCAAUUGCUACCUUCCUCCUAGGAGCUCUUACCGUAAGGCUACAAUCCGAAAAUUUGCUAUUCUACUCAUUGCAAAAAAACAUGGGUCUAGUUUUCACAGAUGUAUUUCGUAAGAGGAGCAGAUCUCACUCAACGAGAAUCCAGCUCCUCUGAAGCCCGUGGUGUUCACCGUGACCCCAGGCAGAGAGUGUCAAAAGUGCUUAUGGUCCAAAUGUGCCAACUUACCAUGAAAACACGGUGUGGUCUUGCCUGUUUUAGACUGUUUUAGAAUUCCUGGAAAACCUGUCACAAAUGAAUUGACUGUAUGCAGUAGCACCUAAUCUCUGUCAUUCACAUUUGUGCUUAAUUCUCACCACACGAGUAACCCUGCUAGCUUCAAGAACUUUGAUUCAUGUUCAAGUGUUUUGCUAGAUCGAUACCUUUUAUGAAAAUGUACACGACUCCAGUAAUGAAAAUAAAGACAUUUAUUGUAAAACGCAA